AUGCGCUCUUUCGUUGCAAUCACAGCUUUACUCGCUGGUCUUAGCCAGGCUGCACCCAAACAUCAAGACAGUAACAAUUACAAUCUCAAUGCCCUUGCCCAAGCUCGGGGUAAACAAUGGUUCGGAACAGCUGCCGAUAUCCCCAAGACGGAUGAGACGAACGAUGAUGCGUACCUGAAGAUUCUGAGAAGUCAGUUCGGCGAAAUUACUCCGGCUAAUGCGCUCAAGUUCAUGUAUACAGAGCAAGAGCAAAACAAGUUCAACUUCACCGAUGGCAAUUACUUCAUGGACCUAGCUGAGCGCUUCGACUCCAAAGUCCGCUGCCACAAUCUCGUCUGGAUGAGCCAGGUGUCAGAUUUCGUCACCUCCAAGACCUGGACCGCCAAGGAGCUCACUGCAGUUAUGAAAAACCAUAUCUUCAAAACGGUCCAGCAUUUUGGCAAGCGCUGCGCCUCAUGGGAUGUCGUCAAUGAGGCCAUCAACGACGAUGGCACUUUUUCAUCGAGUGUCUGGUACGAUACCAUUGGCGAGGAAUACUUCUACCUCGCCUUCCAGUAUGCGCAACAGGCUCUGUCUCAAAUCGGUGCCAAUGAUGUCCAGCUCUACUACAAUGACUACGGCAUUGAGAACCCCGGUACCAAAGCCGAUGCUGUUCUAAGACUUGUUAAGAAUCUGCGCAAGCGCGGAAUCCGUAUUGACGGUAUCGGUCUUGAGUCCCACUUCAUUGUCGGCCAGACGCCUUCCCUUGCCGAUCAGCUCGCUACUAAGAAGGCCUAUAUCAAGGCUGAUUUGGAUGUUGUUGUGACGGAACUUGAUAUUCGUGUUGCGGAGGAGCCGUACUAUGCUGCUGAUGUGCAGAAACAACAAGCUGCUGACUACUAUCUCACUGUUCAAAGCUGCCUUCAGGCUGGACGUCGUUGUCUUGGUAUCGUUGUUUGGGACUUUUCUGAUAAAUAUUCUUGGGUGCCUGAGACCUUUGAUGGUCAGGGAGGUGCAACGAUUUUCAAUGAUACCCUCGAGGCUAAACCGGCGUAUUACGCGGUGGUUGAGGCGCUUCAGGGAAAAAAGUGCACCGUCUGCUAG